CGUUAAGAUUUUGUUUGUUGUGGUUUUUGAAGUCACUGUACAUAUUUCGGCAUCUUCGGCUUUUUUGGGAUAUUUUUGUUACGAAAUGAAUCGAUUGGAACCCAGAAAGCAUAGUCCAGCUAAAGUUUUUGCUGAGUUUACUUCAAUGGGUGAAAAUGAGGGUGUAAAUCCGGAAAAAAUGGACUCGAAACUCGAAGGAGCGUUUGACAAUAGACGAGAAAUUCAGAUAUUCGAGACUGGAGAAGUAACUCUUCCUCCUGAUAAAGCUAAGGUUUCGAUUGUCUGUUCCAAUACCAAGGUAAGCGACUAAGGCGAAUUUGUAUAAUUAUAUUGAUGAAGGGAUUAACUGAGAGGUAGUUCUCAGUAAAACUGCGUGUUUAUUCGAAAGCUGAAAAACCUGAUGCACAGAGAAAACGAACACGGUUUUACCUGCAAGUAGCUUAUUGCUGUGACUGGAAGUUGUUUAAUUUUUUAUCUAUAGGAAUCUGUGGAGGAGGUGAAGACAAGUGUAAAUCGCAGAGUCGACUACGUUCUGCAGACUUUGAAAUCUCAUCAUGUCAAAGACUUUAUCGUUCACAAAAUUUUAAACAGAAUCAAUAACCUAUAUCAAAUGGAAAUUGAAGUAGUUGUAGAAUUCAGUGAUUUCUCCAAGUGUGAAGAAGUGUGUAACCUGCUUGUGGAAAAGCUCGAUGAAACAGUGAAAGUAUCAAGUCCUGUGCUAUAUCACACAGCUAGCAAGCUUGAAUCAUUAAGGUAAGAUAAAGGAUGCAGUCUACUUGCAACACGACCCACGCACUGAAACUUGCAAGCUCAAACUGGAAGAAUCUUGAUACUGACUACCUUAUUUCCAAAUUAAAACAGGAAUCUCUACAGUAACUUAUUUAUGUUUACUAAAUAUAUUAUUGAAAGCCUUACCUUGGACCCACAUUCACCUUAGCUACCUCAAGGGCUGUAAUACUGCAGUGCACUCACAGAAGUGACAAUCGAGGUCUCUCUCCUUACAGCAUCUAGUUUCUCCUUUAAGUGUCACCUCUUAAUCAAACAUUAAGGUCAUUAGAAUUUUGGAAACGAUCAAAAAGUACAGGAGCUCUUGAUUGUUAAGCAAAAUCUCCUUGACAGCACCUUAGGAAAAAUAUAGACAGCAUGGAGAAUAUGCAUACUGAUCUUGGGGUGGAAAAGGCUAAUAUUAUUAUAUAUUAUCAACCCAAAAUAAAAGUAACGGGUAGAAAAAAAAAUUACGAAAAAGGGAUUUUUUUGGUUUUCAACACUAACUUCUCAGAGCCACAAUCACAAGAAUUGCAUAAGAUACAUACUGUAGAGAAGUUUUAUCAGGAUCUUUGGAGUAAAAAGGUUGAGAACUGCUUGCAGUGAUGUCAUUGUCAACUAAAUCAGUAAGCUGUGGGAUUCUUUGAGUGUAGUGCUUCCAGGGAUAGGUAGAUCAUGGAUCAUGUGCUUUUUAAUUAUGGAUUAUAAGAAACCAACUUGAAGGUCAUGUUGCUUAGAAGGAGAAGGCUGCCCUCCUCAACUCUUUCUUUGCUAGUCCCUCUCCAGUCAAAGUGUGUGCACUUAGUCUGCAGAUUCAGAAAUCCCCUAACCCCCGACUAACAGAAAAGGCAAACUUUUUCCAUAUUUUAUUUAUCAUUUUGCUUCAGACGGCAAGCCUGUGUUUGUGCAGUCAGAAAUGCAAAGAGCAAAGCUCUAGAAGUUGUUCAAAUGUUCAACCAAUCGCUUGGACCACCAAUCCUGAUACGAGAGGAGCAUUAUGAAGAAUUUGUAGGAAACAGUAGAGAGAUGUCAAUUGAAAACAAGGAUAUGGAACAACUGACUUUUCAAGAAAAGGUUGCUGUAGCAACAGUUACAGUCACUGUCAAGAUCUUUACAAUAUUUGAGAUAAGAGAAAAAAUGAAAGCACGCAAGCAGAAGUGAAACAUUGAAUGCCAGACAGAACACUGAAGGAUGGUAGUAUUUAUAUAUUAUCAAGACUGUAUUUUCAGCAUCCUACUAAUUUAAACUUUUUAAAAAAUGAG